AAGAGGCAUAUGCUAGUGGGGCGAAGUCCUCAUAGGAGUACACCAUAGGGCAUUCGAUACCCGUUCAAUUGGGCUGAAGGUUUAACAUUGCCCAACGUACUGUUUUUCACUUUUUCUGGAGAGUGUGCCGUUAAAUUUCGACUGUAGAUCAACAGGGUUCUUGCAGUUUUCGGUAUAGGACUACAUCGUAAGACAAUAUAAUAUGGCAUCGAAUUGUGUUGGCGGUGGAGUUCCUAAAUGGGAGACAAGAACACGUUUGUUUCUUUGCAUUUUUGGUCUGGUUUUGUCAUUUUACGCUCUGCACGUUGAAAUUUCGCGAGAGAGGGACCCGGAGUAUCGAGCAAUGUGUGACUUAGGAGAUUAUGUGAGCUGCUCUAAAGUUUUCACCUCAAGAUGGGGACGUGGUUUUGGACUGUUGGAGUUCUUUAUUGUUAAAGAUAGUGCUCUGAAUCAACCCAACAGUGUAUUGGGAAUCAUUUUCUACACACUGCAACUGGCUCUGGGUCAGUCUGUAUCCAGUAGGUCAGCAUUUCUCCUGGUCUGUUCCUCCUGGGUAUCUGUGGCUGGCUCACUAUACCUGGCCUGCGUGCUUGCCUUUAUUCUGGGUGAUUUCUGUAUGGUCUGUGUCUCAACCUAUGUUGUCAACUUCUUGCUGCUCUUUACCAAUCUGAAAAGAAGGACUGGACUGCAAGCAAUCAAGGAAAAGACUGGCUGAGAGACAAUCUUUGUGUCCAUUGCAGUAGUCUUAAGUGAUGAUUUUCAUUGCUAGUGAUUUUUUUCGCAUUCACAUUCUUGAGUUGACUGUAUACUGUACAUAAAAUACGCCAUUAAGUAGCCACUAACAUUCUGAAAAUCCCCUCAAUAGUUUUUUUCUCUAAUUGUUGGCCUCAGUCAGAAACAAACCCAUCAUUCUUGGGUGCUAUAUGAAAUAUUUGAUGGCCUUGUGUUUAAGGCAUCUGACCAAUAACUGAAAGGAUACUACCUGUUGACGUUUACAUUUUUAGUUAUUAAGCAGAUGCUUUUAUCUAGAGCGACUUCCAUGACCUAUUUGGAUUAAGUGUCUUGCUCAAGAGCACAACAAGAGAUUUUUCACCAAAGCGUAUCAGGAUAUUAAACCAGAAACCUUUCAAUUACUGGCCCUUUACACUCUUGGUCAUCUGCCACUCCAGAUUCAAACCCUAAGCCGGGAAUGCAAAAUAUAUUUUAUUUGUCCCUGACCAAGGAAUCAUAAUUGCUCCCAGGUCAUUACUGUAAAUGAGAAUAUGUUGUCAAUCAAAUUCACUGGUAAAAUAAGAACAGAAAAAGUGCUAUAUGCUAGCAAUACGACCAACUGAGCCACAUAAAACAAGCUUGAAUGUUGUCAAAUUAAAUAACUGAACAAAAUAAUCGCCCAAUCAAUCCUUCCAUAUAUUUCAGCUUUUUUGGUUUUACCUGUCAGCCUAACCUUAUCAGAUUAAGGUGGUCAACAAUGUACAAAGAUCAUGUCAGCCUCUAGAGCAGGGGUACUCAACUCUUACAUAUCCUACGAGAUCUGAUUCCUGCUGAUUUUCUAUUCUACCUCAUCAUUAAUUGCACCUACCUGGUGCCUCAGGUCUAAAUAAGUUCCUGAUUCAAUGAAAAAACAGAGUGGAACUGGUUUUGAGGUCCAGAGUUGAGUUUGAGGCUUUUAGGGUAUGAUAGGCUUUAUUGCUUAAGAAAAAUGCAAACAUAACCGACACAAAAGCAAACAAGCAAGACAGAUGACUGGGAGAACAUCCUAGUAUGUAGUCUUUACAAAAAGCAUAAUUCGUUUUUUGCGUCAUUUUGUGCUUUGGAAUGAUUGGCAACAGAAAUUGCUAUUUAACAUAUUACAAAAGCUGAAUUGCUAAAAAGUUUCAAUGGACAACAUACCAUAUUUAUCCUAAAUUCCAGAUUUUGCACUGUAACCAUUACUGCAGACACAGAGUUGCUUGUAUGUAACAGGAAUGUUCAACAAGAUCUUUCUCAACAUUGGGAGGAUACUUCCCAGAUAUGACUCUGUGGUUUCUCACAAAUAAUUGAAUUGUGAAUUAUAAAAUAAUCACACAGGCAUAUUGAUGUUGAUGUACUAUAUGUUCAUGUAUGUUGAGCAAGACAAAUCUCUGUUGUCUAUUGCUAUCUGUUUAAUUUCAAAUCACUAUGACCCUGCCUCUAUGUCUAAGCCUUCAUAAGAUUCAAUGACAAUUAGUGUACCAAGCUAUGAAUAUGUCCUAUGACCUCCUUGGCCAAAGAAGAGCAAAACCAAAGUCAACAUAUUUUUACAAUAAGAAUAGGGAGGGUAUUUUCCAAAUAAAUUUACAUCUGGAAAGGUAUUGGUUUCAUUGUUGCCACCUGUAAUAUUCUUUUGAUCAUCAAAAUUAAGUUUUUCUAAGAUAUUUUGCUCAGUCAUUGAUGUUAAUACACAUACUUCACUAAACACACAUUUGAAAAUGAUAAUGAUUAUCUCUUCUGACCCCAUCAUUAUCUUAAAACAAGCAAACGGUGAAUUCAUGAAUAUGCUCCACGAAUACUGAAAAACUUAAAUUCAGAGUUGGGUAAAAACAAGGAUUAUAAAAAAGUAGCAACUCUAAUCCCUUACGUAACGAAAAAAAUAUUGUAAUCGGAUUACAGACACUUUAGAAAAAAUUUAUGAUUACUUUUGGAUUACUUAAAUUGAAAU